GAAUAACUAAAAAUAGCAUUCAGUGGAGCAGGCGUAAUUCCUCUCGGCGUUGCAGAGCCUUCGCCGUCAAAGUAUCUGCGGAGCUUGAGAACACCAAAAAUCAUCUGAUUAUUCCUUUUCUUCUUCUUCUUCAAUCUUCACUCAUGGCUACCGACUUCACAUCCUUUCCUAUAAUUGAUGUUGGUCCAAUUAUGGAAAAGAAAGAUGACCCCCAAAUGUGUGAGGAUGCGAAUGUGUUGGAAGUCGUGAAGCAAUUAGAUCAAGCUUGUAGACAGACUGGCUUCUUCUACGCGAAGGGCCACGGUAUUUCUGAAUCCCUCCUUGGUGAGGUAAAGAAAGCAACACGCACGUUUUUCCAACAUCCUUAUGAAGAAAAAGUCAAGAUCAAGUUGACUCCAGCUAGUGGAUACAGAGGAUAUCAAAGAGUAGGAGAAAACAUAACCAAAGGAGUACCAGAUAUGCAUGAAGCUAUAGACUGCUAUAGGGAAUUUAAACCAGGGAUGUAUGGAACCCUUGGCAAAACUAUGGAAGGGAGUAACCAAUGGCCUCUUGAUCCUCCCAACUUUAAGGAACUGAUGGAAGAGUACAUCAAUCUCUGCACAGAUGUUUCGAGAAAUAUUAUGCGCGGAAUUGCUUUAGCAUUGGGUGGAUCCCCAUAUGAAUUCGAGGGGGAUAGAGCUGGAAAUUCAUUUUGGGUUAUGCGUCUUAUUGGUUAUCCGGGCGCCUCCUCUUUGAAGGCUUCUGAUAUCCCAGAAAAUGACAUUGGAUGCGGGGCUCACACCGACUAUGGUCUGUUGACAUUGGUUAAUCAGGAUGAUGAUAUUACUGCACUUCAGGUGAGAAACUUAUCUGGAGAAUGGAUAUCAGCUCCACCAAUUCCUGGAGCUUUUGUUUGUAACAUUGGCGACAUGCUCGAGAUCUACUCGAAUGGGCUGUACAAGUCAACUUUACAUCGAGUUAUCAACAAGUCUCCGAAAUAUAGAGUUUGCGUCGCAUUUUUCUACGAGACGAAUUUCGACACGGCAGUGGAGCCUUUGGAAAUUUGCAAGAAGAAAACAGGUGGAGAAUCAAAAUUCAAGAGAGCUGUUUAUGGGGAGCAUCUGGUUGGUAAAGUUCUCACAAAUUUCGUUUGAAAGUUCAGAACUGUAAUCCUCUUUGAUCUGUUGUCUUUAUAUUUACACUUCUGUGUAUUUUAUGUUGGUUUAUGUUGUAAACUUUCUUUUGUGUAUUAUAAUAAAGAGAGCUUUGUAGGGAAGCAUCUGGUUUGCAAAUUCAUUAAAAUCAGUUGCUAUGACUUGUGAGCCAAUUGGGCAUGGUGAGAGUACUAGCAAGGGUUAUGUUGGGAGUAUUAGUAGGUUCUCAAAAGGCUAAGUAAUAAUUAGCUAGGGGUGUCUUGAUAUAAAUACGAAUUGUUAUGAAUCGUUUUAGUGGAAUUU